GUGUGUGUGCCUGUCUGCCGGCAGCGGGGUUUUUUGGUCGUUUUUACCGAUGUAGUGACGUAACUUUCGUUCAACAUCUUUAAGUUGGUGGUCAAGCGCGAAAUGUUGUAAGAGUAAUUGCUGGCUGGCUCAGGUGUUCAGGAAACGUGCUUUUCUUUUUUUCUUUUUUCCAGUAAACUCGCACUACUAUAGCGACCAUUCAUUUGGUUAUUUCCGCGUAUUUCUUGGUUUUAUGUUAAACUCCAAACUGAGUUGGAUUGAAACAAGGAAGCGAGCCGCAGGUGCCAGGAUGGAUGAGGCGGAGAAGUACCAACAGCGACUGGAGGCCAUCGCUGAGAAGCGGCGUCUGUGGGAGGAGCAGGAGCAAGCCAAGAGAGAUAUGGAGAAUGAAAAACUCAGACUGCAGCAGCUCAAGAGGAAGUCUUUGAGAGAUCAAUGGCUGAUGGAGGGAGCUCCUUUGUCCCCAUCCACACUCGAUUCCCAAAGCCCACACCACUCCCCUCCGUGGUCCUCACAGGAAGUGGGACAGCGCAGGUUGCUAUCACGGAAUGUGGGAUUUGCAGGGGAGGAUGAGAAAGAACAGAUCACACGGGACCAAACAGAAGAUUUGGACAUGGACGCAGGAGAUAUGGGGACAGUAGAGGAUCAUGUCAUGAAGGCGAUCCAGACAUUGCGGGACGAAGACGCCUCUGUUCUGAUAAACGGCGAAGGGGACUUGAAAUCGGGCCUCAAACAACAUUGCGAAGACGCUUCGGAGAAGCCCGUCAUCACAAACGGACCAAGUGGAAGCAUCCUCGUUGAGAAUCAUGGACAACACGAUGCUCCUCGAAGCUGCAUGGAGAUGGAGGAAGGGAUCGUGGCCAUGCGGGCCGAACGCGUCGUCAUCUCAGAUGAUGAGGAAGUUGCGCAUCAGGAGGAAGGAGUGACUGUGGAGGAGGUACAGGUAGCUCCAGAAGCUUUGAAAGAGUUGGCAAAGGAUGAAUUGAGUGCGGCGAAACGAGCCGGGAUUAAGCGCGAAGAGACAAAAGACGAGGACAUCGAAGCGGAAACUACAGCCUCCGUGCUGCUGCAGUCCUGGGCCGAUCCUCUGGAGGCCGAGACGAAAGACGAGGACACCAAAGCGGAAGCGUCACCAACUGCGCUGCCACAGUCACCAGCCGGUCCCCUCGAGGCCGUUCAGGUGACUCCCGUGCCGGUCUACUCGGAACCAUACUGUCCUCCUCCGGAGGAGGCACCACAAGCCCAGGAGGAUGUCGAAGCCAUGACACCAGCAUCAGAGGUGCUCGACAUGUCCUCAAAAGCCCAAGGCGACGCCCUCAUCCCGCCCCCUCAGUUCCAGGAAGUUUCCCUCAGCGACCCCACCGAGAACCACAGAACUGAGGCGCGACCCGCCGAGCAAGCGCCCCUCCUGGAGGAGGCCAAAGCCCCCGAAGUGCAAGAUGACAUCGCCACCGAUAACCAGUCGGCUUCCACAGAGAUGCGGGCGGAGGUCAUGCCGGCGCCCAAGAAGAAAGCGUGCCAGUGCUGCUCAGUCAUGUGAACGCAACAAAGAUACUAACACAACGCUUUUGAGUUUGCUCUCAUCAAGUAAGUAUUAACGCUUCCUUUAUGUAUUUUUU